AUGGGCAGUAGAUUGGCACAAACAAUUAUCGAGAAGCAUUCAAUAAAAAUAUCCAAAAGGACGUUUUGGACAGAUUCGCAAACUGUAUUAAAGUGGGUACAUUCCGACGCAAGGAAAUAUCAACACUUCGUUGCGCACCGCAUAGCCGAAAUCCUGGAAACAACGAGAGUGCAAGAAUGGUGCUGGACCCCGACAAGCGAUAACGUUGCCGACGACGCUACCAGAGACUCUGAUCACUUGUCUCUUUCGAACAAUUGUCGAUGGCUAACUGGUCCUGAAUUCCUGCUACUCGAGGAGCAUCUUUGGCCGAUGGAAGUGCAGAAAUAUCUGAGCGAGGAGAUAGACAAAGAAUUACGCAGAGAAUUUACCUUGGUAAUCAGUGAGGCGAGUAAAUUUCCAUUUGACUGUUCUAGAUUUUCUAAGUGGUCACGACUAAUCCGUUCAAUGGACUGGUUCCUGAGAUUUAUUAAGAAAAUACGAAAUCGAAGCAAGGACAAUCUAGAAGAGGAGUUGACAGCUCAAGAAGUUCACCAGGGAGAAAUUCAUGUCCUAAGAAUGGCGCAACUCAUGGAUUUUGAGCAGGAGCUGCGUCACCUGAAGCAAGGGAACGUCUUACCAUCAUCAUCGAGAUUAAAAGAACUUUCACCGGAACUCGUAAAAUUGUUGAUAUUGUCUUAUCAUCAACAAUCAGAGCAUCAGGGACGAGAACGAGUUGCAAACGACCUCCGAUCACGGUACUGGAUCAUCAAAAUUCGGAGUGGGGUAAGAGCCGUAUGUCACGACUGUCAAUUUUGUAAAAUAAGAAAAGCAAAGCCCAUUGUACCAAAAAUGGCUCCGCUUCCAGACCUACGAACACAAGACCUUGUAAAACCGUUUACGAAUACUGGAGUCGAUUAUUUUAAUUCAUUUUAUGUGACAAUUGGCAGACGUCGAGAGAAAAGGUAUGGAGUCCUUUUCACUUGUCUUAACAUUCGAGCAGUACACUUAGAAAUCGCCAAUUCCCUGUCAACGGACUCGAUAGUAAUGGCACUAAGACGAAUGAUGGCGAGAAGAGGAAAACCGAGAUAA